GCCAGCAGCUGACAGUAGUAAUUCAGUCAGCGUCCGUCCAUCCGUUUCAGUCAGUUUCAGUUUAUUGCAGUUGCAGAUUAGGUGUGGAGAUAAGAAGUCGCUCUACAAGACAAGGAGCUGUAUUUCAAAAUGGCCGAAUCGGAGAAUGCUGCCGCUGACAACACCCUGGACCUACUGUUGGAAGAGAGUACACUCAAGUUGCCCAAGCCAUCCUGCCUUUCGGGUUUAACCAACGUCAUGGCUGAUUAUUACAACUUCUAUGUUCAACCUCUGAUUGAUUUUGAUUUUAGUUAUAAAGCAGAAGAGUGGGAGGUCCCGUAUGACGCCCUUAGCGAGAUGGAAUAUGUCGGCGCAGGCGCAUUUGGCAAAGUGUACUCGGCCAAGUUGAGGGGCGAAGUGGUGGCUGUCAAAAUCCCGGAGGAUAAGCGUGAAACUGAUAUGAUUUACCUAAGGGAGCUACGCCAUGAAAACAUCGUCCGGUUCCGCGGCGUCUCCACCAAGGGCCCAAAAUAUUGCAUCGUAAUGGAAUUCUGCCAGUACGGAUCGCUAUACAACUUCCUGCACAGCGCUCGCGUGAACAUUGGCCGCACCCUGCAGUGGGCCAAACAGAUCGCAACGGCAUUAGCAUAUCUACAUGCCCGAAAUAUAAUCCACCGCGAUCUGAAGAGCCCCAAUGUACUGAUCGCGGACAACCUUGUGUGCAAGGUGAGCGACUUUGGAACAUCAAGAAAGUGGGAAAAGUUCAGCUUAGUCAUGACUACACGGGGCACGACGUACUGGAUGGCCCCUGAACUGAUGCUAGGCAAGAAAUGUUCAGACAAGGUUGACGUCUGGUCGUAUGGCGUUGUGCUGUGGGAGCUGUUGACCCAGGAGGUGCCAUAUGAGGACCUGCACCCUUGUGCAGUGACGUACGGAGUGGGCAGGGAGAAGCUGUCCCUGCCCGUGCCUUCAACUUUCCCCAUGCAUCUGAAGGUCCUGAUCCAACAUUGCUGGAACCGUCAGCCGAAAUGCAGGCCCUCGUUCACCCGCAUCACUGAGGUGUUGACCGUCGCCAUUGAUCAGUAUGGUUGGCUGCGAGACGACCUCUUCACCACCAUGCAGGACAGCUGGCGACAGGAAGUCCAGCUGGUCAAGAAAAAUGGCUGGCAAGCCGCGCCACCUCCGGAGCCGGUCGUGGAUGAGCCUCCAAAGCAGAACAACUUCCUCCACAAGAAGAUCAUGCGGGAGGCCACGAAGAUGUACAUGGACGCGUGCGCAUUGUACCUGCGCUUGGAGCAAAGAGAGAGGGCCAUUGCAGAACGGGAGAAGGCGAACAACAUGGCCAGCUUCAAGAGUCGCCUCGACCGACGGCAGCGCUCGUCGUCCACAUCGUCCGGCCUCACUGCUGCGCAAUUGACGGUCGUCAAACUUCAACAGAGCGUCAACCACAAAGUGCGCACGGUCACCCGACUCGCCAACAUGGCGUCGCUCCCAGAUGACGUCACAACACAACGUCGCAGGUCCCGAUCGACGCCCAGAAGCGAAACCAAAACGAACGAUUUAAACGGCCAUUUUAAUAAACAAAUCCCAAUAAAUACCGAACUGGCAAUCACCUGCAAUGAUAAUGCGAACGAUGUUGACAAGUACAUCGAACCGGUCGCUGUUUAAUUUCCAUGCCUAGUUUAAUUAGGUACCGAAUUUAAUUUAUCGCAAUUAAAAAAAAAAACAAUAGUUAUAUGAUAUUUCAAUGUUAGUUUAAUAAUAUUGUAUUUGUAGCUCUGAAUGUGCAUUUAUAUGCCAGGAAAAGUUAAAUAUUUGAUGUCUAUUUAAAUAUCGAAUUACAUGUAAUGGAAAUUGAAAAAAAAAGCCUAACGCAGUAGUCUUUUUGACAGAAGAAGAAUAAAUGGUGGUAAAUUAAGUAUUAUGUCAAGUAACCGAAUUAAGUGGACGGUAAUUUAGGAAAAUUUAAAAAGAAAAAGGUUGAGACAAAUAUUUUUAAUAGCAGUUGUAAGAUGAAAAAUCAUAACUUAUUAACUGUCUAAAUAUAUGAAAAUAUAAGUAGUAACUUUUGAAAUACUGUGUCGUUUGUCGACAUGAAUAUAUUUUCGUAGUAAAAUAAAACAGAUAAAAAAUGUAUGUCAUAAGAUAUGAUAAUUGUAAACCACAUUUAGUUAAAAGUAAACUUGUGUAACAACGCUUGUUAGCGAAUGGUUGUGUAUUUCCCAUCUCUUCAAGGCCUACUUCGUGCACAGUGGCGACCUCUUAAGGUUUUUUAUUAUAGGCAUAUAUAUAUAUAUAUAUAUAUAUAUAUAUAUAUAUAUAUAUAUAUAUAUAUAUAUAUAUAUUUGUAUAUUAUGCUUCAUUGAUUCGAUGAAGAAGUCGAUAAAUGCUCACGUCAUUUUUUUACUUUUUUUUUAUAAAUAAGUAUUUUUUAUUUUUAUUUAAUAUAGUUUCACAUCAGUAUCAUUUUAGGAAGAUUGUAUCAAAUUUGACAUGUAAGACUUACAUUUGACAUUAAAUAUAAGACUAAGGGCCCGUUUCUCCAUCUUCUGAUAACAUAUUGUGUAAUCAGAUAGAUUAAAUCUGCUGAAGUUAUUUGCCAGUUAGCAACACUUGUGCGACAAAUUUUUUUAAUGAUUAUCUGUUCGUUGUGUUUAUCAGUUCGGUACGGCUAUCAGGUACUUUAUCAGCGAUGAAACAGGCCCCAAAAAGUGUAAAUAAAAUAAUCGGUCUGAUUCUGAAAACCCGCCAAUUUUUUGUAUUGUAUUAAUAUUUUUUAUUUUUAUUGUUACGUCGCGUAUCGGCAUUGUUUUAGUUCGUUCUUAUCAUGUACAUAACUGAUCACAUAAUUCCAAGAUUGUGAUAUAUAUUUUUUAAUAUCUGUUUGUUGUAGUAAAAAGUAAACUACGAACAUAGCACUCAAUCACAGAGAAUAGAUCUCGAUAAAUUUCUGUGCACUCAUGCGCAUGAUAAAUGAAACACAGGACAAACUCCGAAAUGAGUGAAUAUAAUAACUUGAAAUAUAUAUUUCAUAACUUAUGUCAUUUUUUCAGCGACUAAUUUACAGAUAAAGCCGGCAUUUUGUAUGGAAUUAUAAAGUAUAUAAAAACGCGCACGCGUACGCGAUACGCAGUCAUUUUGAUGACAGGUUGAUGUCGUGCACUUUUGACAGAUGAGUUUCGUACCAAAGAUUUAUGGCUAUUUUUAAGUUUACGCUUAGUUUUUUACAGAAAUAAUUAUUUAUAUUAUUAUUAUAUUAUUUUUACUUAAUAUUUGUAGCCUUUAACUAGUCUUCUUUUUAUUAAUUUAAUUUUGUUAUACGUUUAUUAAGAAUAUCGUUACCUUGAAAAUAUAAAUAAAUACAUAAGGACAAAUUACACAGAUUGAGCUAGCCCCAAAGUAAGUUCGAGACUUGUGUUAUGGGAUACUAACUCAACGAUACUAUAUUCUAUAACAUAUAAACAUAUAGAUAAACAUUCAAGACCCAGAUCAAUCUGAAAAAGAUCAUUUUCCAUGUUGCCCUGACCGGGAAUCGAACCCGGGACCUCCAGUGUAGCAGUCCGGCGUGAUGACCAUUAGGCCACGGAGGUCGUCUAAUAAUAUGAACACUAAAUGUUUGUAGGACAUUAAUAAAACUACUAUUAAACCUCAUUUUUACGUGAUGUGAAUUUCAUGCCUAAUUUAUAAUGUAAUUUAUGAAUUCUAGUCCUAUUUGUUUUUGUUUUUUUUUAUUAAUUAGGAAUUAAAGUCAUAAUUAAAAAAAAGUGAUAGGUACGUAAAAAAUAUUUUUAUUUUAAAGUCCCACUAAGAUUGUGAAAAUUCCGAAUUAAAAAAAUCUAAGACUUUAAGUGUAUCAAACAACACUGAUAAUCCCUUUUAUACUCUUAUUUUUUUGUAUAUACCACCCAUCAUAGUCACUUUUCGAUUGAUUUGCGCACGCGCAUGUUUGAAUGAUAUUUAGAUUGUUUGUGACAUGUUAUGUCACUUUGCCAUGCUAUUGGCAGUAAGUGUGAUUAAACUUAAGAAACUGUCUUUAAUUUCAACAAUUGAAGAUAAUAAAGUGAGAUAGAAUAAUCAUAAUAUUUUUACAAGCUAAUUUAUUAUUAGAUCUAGUCUCUAUAUUUAAGUCUAGUCUCUAGUUAGGUCCAUUUGUUUGACUAUUUAGUUUAGUAGUGUGUAUACGACUUGUUGUCACUAAGGUCGCGUCAGAUACCUUUAGGCGACUUGAAUAAAACCUGACACUAGUGUUGUUGCUUGAAAAAGAGAAGUCUAGUUUUGAGUGGAGUUUUUGAAGCAUUAUAAACGGACAAUGCUCGUAUGAAUUACUACUGACUGAAUUGUUUCAUCAUAGAACUGUGUAUUAGCAUUUUGGUUGGAUGUUUCGGUAUAUUGUUCUAUAAAUUUGAGUAUAUUUUCAUGCCAGUGCAAUAAGUAGGCGUUUUUCUAUGUAAAUAAUGUAUAUUACUCUGCGUGCACGCACGUGUUUUCACAUUUCGUUCACUUCUAUUUAAUGUACCCGCAGUUGACACUAUAUCCCUAACGAUCAAGGUAAAACACAAUGUUAUAUUACUCAAUGUGUAGUUACAACAUGUCUGUAAUAGUUACAAUCCAGUCUAUAUUUAUGUAUCAGAUUGAAAUAAAGAUGUGAAAUUUU